UGUAGAGACAGAGGGACAAGGAGCUGUAGGCCCCAAACACUCCCACUCUUAAGACACCAUACAGACAGGGAGUGUGAAAUUUGGCAUCCAUCAUCACUGCCAAUCAGCCUCUAUAACUAUAAAUUUAAUCACUUUAGGAAAAAAUGGCUCCUAAUGUACAGUGUCACCCCUGAUGUUUGUUUUUUUCCUCCUUUUUUAGACUUUCUGGAUUUUUUAACCUCCUUGCUGCAUCCUCUCCUGGAGUACCAUCCCUCAUUCUUUGGACUUUGACGACCCAGCUCUGCCGAUGCUGACUGACCCGUGUGGAGCCAUGUCCAUGGGGUCAGACGUUCGAGAUCUGACCCUCUUAUCUCCAGCGCCUCCCGUGCCGUCCUUACCAGGAGCUGGCGGCGGCUGUGGGAUGUCAGUUGCUGGUGGGGGACAGUGGACCCAGCUUUUGGACCUCCACUCGGGCUCUCCCUACAGCUCCCUACCCUCCCACCACUCCCUCAUCAAGCAGGAGCCAGGAUGGGGCACCGCCGACACCAUAGAGGAUCCUCACUGUGGACUCGGGGCCUUCACGGUACACUUCUCAGGCCAGUUUACAGGGUCAGGCCCGUGUAGAGUCGGGGCCUUUGGGGAGGCAACUCCAGGUCAGCCCAGGAUGUUCACCAGUGGGACCUACCUGCCCGGCUGCAUGGAGAGUCCUCCUGCAGCCAGGAACCAGGGUUAUGGAGCGGUGAGUUUAGACAGCAACCCCAGCUAUGGUCACACUCCAUCUCAUCACACCCCUCAGCUCUCCAGCCUGUCCUUCAAACAUGAGGACACGCUGUCACCGCCAAACAACAUAGUCGAGCAGCAGUACCCAGCUCCUCCUCCCAUGUUCGGCUGCCACAAUCCCCCUGAAUCCUGCCCGAGCAGCCAAGCUCUGCUGCUGAGAAACUACAACAGCGAUAACCUGUACCAAAUGGCGUCUCAGCUGGACUGUGUAACCUGGAACCAAAUGAACAGCCUGGCUUCUUCCAUAAAGAGCGGACACGCACCCAGCUAUGACAGUGAUCCACCAGUCCCACCUCCAUCUAUGCUGGUCAGUGCCCAAUACCACAUACACACACAUGGAGUCUUCAGGGGACUGCAGGAUGUUCGAAGGGUAACCAGUAUCGCUCCAACAGUUGUGAGGUCAACAGAGGCCAAUGAGAAGCGUCCAUUCGUCUGCGCUCAUCCCGGCUGCAGCAAGAAAUACUUCAAACUGUCCCAUCUGCAGAUGCACGGCCGCAAACACACAGGAGAGAAGCCUUACCCGUGUGAAUUCCCCGACUGUGGACGCAGAUUCUCUCGCUCAGACCAGCUAAAGAGGCACCAGCGCAGACACACAGGGGUGAAGCCUUUUGAGUGCGAGACAUGUCAGAGAAGGUUUUCACGUUCAGAUCAUCUUAAGACGCACACACGGACUCAUACAGGUAAAACAAGUGAGAAGCCCUUUACCUGCCGCUGGUCCAACUGUCAGAAGAAGUUUGCCCGCUCUGACGAGCUGAUGCGCCACCACAGCAUGCACCAGAGGAACCUGAGCAAGCUGCAGCCUGCCAUCUGAGCAGCCAGAGGAGGAGGACGUUGACAAAGAGGAAGAGGAAGGUGACGAUAUGUUGUGCCAGCUAGCAGAGAUAGCUGCUGGAGCCUGGUCAGCGACUGUGGUUCUGUGCCAGACUCGAUGAAGAGCGAGCGCAGCUGAUGCCUCCCUCGACCGGCCAGAGAAAGAGACUCUCUGAGAUGUUAGCUGACCUAAAAACUCCAUCUGAGCCAAAGAUUCCUUUUGAACGCGGGAUGAGAAAGAUGUUAAUACACUAUUUUGGAUAUAUUUUAGUACACUUGCACUGGCUUCUUUUUUAUCAUUUUAAUUGUGUCACUCUGAAAAUGUGCUGGACGAUGUAAACUGGAUUUAGGAAUUGGACUAUGUUUCUUUUUCGUCCUCUAAGAUGAACACCGAGAAGCUUUGGUUCAGGAAUGUGCUCAUCUUUAUAUUAACUUUAUAAACAUAGUACUUAUCUACUUGCUUUGUAUAUAUGUGGUGUAUUUGCUUCCAUUUAUAGACAUUCCUUUUUGUAUUUUUUAUGCUUUUUUAAGUUUAUAAAAUUUGGAUUCACA